CAAACGCUUGAUUGAAGACUAACUUUGUAAUAAGCGUUUAUUGAUACAGAAGGUGGGUUUGACAGCUGAGCGAAGUCCAACAAAAGUAAAAACUUUCUUACUUACAGAUACAACAUGGCAUCUGGUCGUGUAGAGCCAGCAUUCUGCAGAGGCAGCCACACCAUGGUAGUGCCGAUGCUGAUGUUCAAACAAAACCGUGACCGACUGUGCGAGAGACUAAGAAAGAACAGCAAGGUCCCCAAGGGCGCCAUUGUCGUGUUACAGGGUGGGGAGUCCUUCACCAGGCACUGUUCGGAUCAUGAACCAGUCUUCCGACAGGAGUCUUACUUCCACUGGAUGUUUGGUGUGGAGGAGUCAGACUUCUACGGUGCACUGGAGGUGGACACAGGGAAGGCCAUACUCUUUCCUCCGUUACUGCCCGAUGAAUAUGCCGUAUGGAUGGGCAAAUUGUUAACAGAGGAGGAUUUCAGAGUACGCUAUGAGGUUGAUGAAUGCCAUUUCCAAACAAAGAUAAGUGAUGUUCUGAAAGCAAAGUCUCCAUCAAUGCUUUUGACAUUGCACGGCCUGAACACAGACAGCAGUAAACACAGUAGAGAGGCAGCAUUUGAUGGAAUCAGCGAGUUCACUGUGAACAAUGAACUUCUUCACCCUGAAAUUGCUGAGUGUCGUGUGUUCAAGUCUGACCUAGAGUUGGAGGUUCUGCGCUACACCAACCGUAUCAGCAGUGAGGCACACAAGUCGGUCAUGCGGAACGUGAGACCAGGAAUGUUCGAGUACCAGCUGGAGAGCCUGUUCCACCACUACUGCUACUUCCAGGGCGGCCUGAGAAACCUCUCCUAUACCUGUAUCUGUGGAAGUGGGGACAAUGGCUCGGUUCUGCACUAUGGCCACGCCGGGGCCCCCAACAGCAAACAGUUGGACAAUGGGGACAUGUGCCUUUUGGACAUGGGAGGAGAGUACUACUGCUACGCCUCCGACAUCACAUGUUCCUACCCGUGUAAUGGCAAGUUCACAGACAAACAGAAAGGCAUUUACAAUGCUGUGCUAAAGGCAAGCAGGGCCGUCAUGGCUGCUAUCAAACCUGGUGUGUCUUGGGUGGCCAUGCACCAGUUGGCUGAGCGGGUACAGCUGGAGGAGUUGCGGUCACAGGGGCUGGUGCAGGGAGACGUGGAUGAGAUGAUGAAGGUCAACCUGGGGGCCAUCUUCAUGCCCCAUGGCCUCGGGCACUUCAUGGGCAUCGACACACAUGAUGUGGGAGGCUACCCGGAGGGUACAGAGCGUAUUGACCAGCCUGGUUUAAGGUCACUGCGGACGGUUAGAAACCUUGACCACAGGAUGGUGAUCACCAUAGAGCCAGGAAUAUACUUCAUCAAUACAUUGUUGGACCAAGCCCUUGCAAACCCGGACCAGGCACGCUUUAUGUGCCGGGAAGUUGUAGACACAUACAGGGGAUUCGGAGGGGUUCGUAUCGAAGAUGACAUCGCGGUGACCGAGGACGGGAUGGAGUGUCUGACGGUCGUGCCGCGGACUGUGGAGGAGAUUGAAGAGUUGAUGGCGGAAGGUCGCCGCGGGCAACAGGUGCCCCUGCCGCAGGAGACUGAGAAAAUGGUCAUUUGAGAGAUGGCGUGGAAAUAGCCAUAUGGUAGAAACACUGACUAUCUGUCUCCAGAUUGAUAAUGGAAGGUUGUUUACUAUGACAUUCACACAAACUAAUGUAUGAAAUUUGACCGUGUGAUUUUUAACUUGAUAUUGUUGAAAUAAAUUUGAAUUAUAAUAUUAUAUACAUGGAUGUUGACACAUUUAGUUUAAUUGUAUGGUAUGUAGCACACGUAAUUUCUAAUUAGUAAAAUGAUGUGUUUGUUGCAACUAACUGUGAUUUGUUCACGAAGUGCCAUCUAACAAUCAUUAAAAUGCUGUAUAACAGUCUUCAAAUUUCUUAAUUCAUUCAUAUUUACUGAUGUAAUUGUUAUUUUUGUAUUUAUACUCACCUUUUUAAUAACACAUUGAUAAAGAU